AUGUCGACCUCAUCCACCGCCGUCAUCGUCUACAGCAAGCCCGCACCUCACAUGGAGCCGAUCAGUAGCCAGACAGCCAACUUGGUGUCCAUGGUGCUGUUUCUUCUUGCCACAUGCGACCUCGCCGCACGCUAUGAGGACCAGAUCGAGUUCCUCUCUAUCUUGAACUUGAUGAAGCAAGUCAACGCGGCUGAUGUUAGGACCGACAGCAAUAUCGCCACCAUCGAGGAGACUAUCGUCGUUUUGGACCGUUCCCUUGCCGUGCUCGACAAUGUCGAACAGUCUUUCGUCAUCAUCGAGGGAUCCCUACGCAGCAUGGAGGAUAACAUAGUCAUCAGCACCAACACCAGCAUCAACACUAACUGCAACAUACGCACCAAUACCAACACUACCAACAGCAACACAUCACCUGAAGUCUGCGCCACCUGCUCGUGUCAUCUCACGGCCGAGGUAUCACCUACAUCGACAGUCCCUGCCCCACCACCACCACCACCACCACCACCCCCUCCUCCACCCCCUCCUGCUGCACUUGCUCCCCCACCACCGCCUCCGCCUCCCGCACCUGGUGCCCCGUUCUCCGCUAUACGCAAGAUACCCGCGGGUGCCCAGGAUAUUAUGUUGCAAAUUCGUGACGGCAACAAAGCCCUCAAAAAGACAGGGCGGUUCGAGGGCGCUGGAGAUACCCUUCUGAUGAAGGGACUGGAAGGUGUUUCGGACGCAGCAUUGGGCAUGAUGGGGGAGUUGAAGAGGAAAUUGAGGGAGAAGGAGUCCAAGACUAUGUUGAAGAUGGACAAGAUUGAGGAUGGGAAGAAGGAAGGAGAUGAGAAGGGAGAUGAGAGGGAGAAACCGAGCUUCAGGGCCGGGUUGAAGGCUGCCAGGAGGAUAUCGAUGAAGAAGGCUCCUACCACCACGACGGAGGAGCAGAAGCCUGUGGACUUUGGACCACGGGUUAAGGGGAGGAGGAUGACGUCGAGCUCGAAGCAAAAGGAGAAUCAGGUUGUCGCCGCUGGAAAGGAGUCGGAGCUGGGAAAGGCGCUCAAGUCGAGGAAGGAGAAGGAGAAUAUCCCGAGGUCGACUUCUGUCACCAACCAGGCCAAGAGCCUCAAAUCACCGUCGAAGUCGAACCAAAUGCCGCGCGUCGCUCUCAAGUCCGUCAAGGCUCGUCAGCCUCUCGGGGAAGUUAACACCAACAUCGCACCAGUAUCGCCCGCUUCGUCCAAUCUUCCCAGACUCAAGCGCAUCAGCAUUUCUAGCAACAUUCCCGUACCCAAGUUUGACAGUACGCCCGCCAAAGCAACAUCGACCACACCAUGGGGCUCCCGCCUACGGGGGAAAGCACCCACAACAGCAACCAGCACAGCGAAGCAACAUUCGUCUAAGCGAGACGAGAAACUCCAUCUGGAGUUAUUGGCUUUGAAGUCGAGGGGCGGCAAGUCAGAGGGGACUGGGAUUCCGUUGCACGUUACGGGGAUCAUGGAGAGGUAUAAGAGGAGAAAGGCUGAAGGUGAGGCCGCGGUAGUUGAUGCCGUAUGA